UCCGCGUGGGCUACCGUUGCAUGAUACACAGACGCCAGCCAUGGCCGCUGUGGGCUCCUGUGGAGAGUGGUUUAUUUCCACCUGCGGUAAGAAGCUCGUUGCCAUCCACAGCAAACAGGACAGAGAACCAUUUGUGUUUGACUGCAGCAGUGCUGAGAAGAAGCCAAAGAAUCCAAAGGAAGAAAACAACAGUGAUGGCGGUGGCUCAGAGGAAACAGGAAGCGACAAAGUCCUCGCCUUCACCGUGUCUUCAUCUGGAACGCUGGUGGCGCUGACUGAUGACUCCAAGAGACUGGUCCUGUUUCGCUGUGAGCCUUCCUGGCAGUGUGUCAGCAUCAGACACAGGUGGGUGGUGAGGAGGUGCACUGCCCUGAUGUUCAGCCAGGCAGAGGAGGAGCUGAUAGCGACUGACAAAUCAGGAGAUGUGUACUCUUUCUCAGUGGUGGAGCCUCAGAGAGAGGGCGAGCUAAAGAUGGGUCACCUGUCCAUGCUGCUAGCUUUGAGCAUGUCCACCGACGACAAGUACAUCAUCACAGCCGACCGUGAUGAGAAGAUCAGAGUGAGCCACCUCAGGUCUCCGUACAACAUCCAGUCCUUCUGCCUGGGACAUCAACAGUUUGUUAGUGCCCUGCUCGUCCCCCCAGGUCACCCACACUGGCUCCUGUCUGGAUCGGGGGACGGGACCAUGAAGCUGUGGGAGUACGAAUCUGGCACCAAGCUGCAGAGCUGGGACCUCAAAGAUCUCGAAGAGACACCUAGCUCCGAGGGUGACAAACAGAAGGUAACCAUGAACCCAACUGUGUGCAGAAUCAGCAGCUCUCCUGAUGCUCACCAUGUAGCAGUGCAGUGUGAGAGAGUGUCCACACUUCAGUUCUUCACUCUGGACCAGGAGAGUGAGCAGAAACUCGCGCCACACAGCAGGCUCUCCCUGCCCCACUGUCCUCUGGACAUGACCUUUGACUCUGAGGGCCGGCUCUGGGUGCUGAUGGACUCCAGUGAUGCACCGCUUCAGGUUUACACACACAGAGGAGACAGCUGGGAGUGUGAUGCUGAGAGCCCUGAACUGAUCAGAGUGACUGAAGCCUUCAGGCCACACUGGGAGACACUUGAGGCCUCCGCGAGGAGCCACAACCGCUUCGAGCAUCUGUACAAGGUGAGCUUUGACAACGUGACGGUGUACCUGCAGAAGAAGCAGCAGCGGCUGGAGGAGCAGCAGCUGAAGAGGGGGAGGGGACAGCAAGCAAACGGCAACAAGAAGGCCAAGAAGACAACAUCAGAGAGCAGAAGCCACUCAUCCUCCUGAACCAACUCCCGGAGAGAGAGCUGGUAUUUCCUUUCUGUUUGAUGCUUUGAAUGAUGAAUCUGAGUUGAGUGUGUGUUGGGAUGAAGCCUGUGUCAAGUGUGUGUUUUAACACAUGGCCUGUGAACAUGGAUAUUUAUGUUUGGCUCUAAUUUCUUGCUGAUUUUUACAAUAAAUGUUACAGCUAACCUGAA